AUGAGAAAAAUAAACAUUUGCCUCGUUCUUUUUGUGCUAUUCUAGGUCUCCUUUUAGUACUGUCACUAUUCAAUUUAAAAUAAUAAUGGUUAAUGCAAUUGCUUUGGUGGAUUUUAUGCUAACUCUGCUAAUUGUUUAGUAUGCCCAAAUAAUGGAUUAAGUUUAGGAGGAUCUAUUUCAAUAUCAGAUUGCAAAUAUUGUAACUCUAAUUCAUACUAUUUGGAUUAGGCAGCAACAGAUUCUUAAGGUUCAGUGUGCUUAUUAUGCCCUAAUAACUCCUAGACUCAAACUAAUUAUCCUUAGGGACCUCAAGAUAUUAGUGAUUGUAAUAUUUGCUAACCUGGUUAUUAUCUUUAGACCCCAGCAGUUCCACCUUAAAAUGGUAAUCCUGGCUAAGCUGCAGUUUGCGUUCCGUGCCCAAAUAAUACAACAAGUAAAAUGGGUCCAAAUCCUACUUCAAUCUCUUAAUGUGAUUCAUGCUAAAAUGGGUUUUAUAUUUCUUAGCAAGCAACAGAUUCCCAACCAGCAAUUUGUUCACCUUGUCCUAUUAAUACGACAAAUAGCUACGAUGAACCUUCUAAUUUUUAAUAUAAUAUUAAUGAUUGCACUUCAUGUAUGCCUGGCUAUUAUAAUUCUAAUCAAAACUUUAAUUAACCACCUAUGUGUGUAUAAUGUCCUCCAAAUACAUUUAAUUACAUUACAGGUUCUUUUUCAAUUUCAACUUGUACUUGUAUGGAAAACUCCUAUAUGACAGUUCAGUCAACAAAUAAUUCUGCUCCAACUUGUUUGCCAUGUCCUAAUGGUUCAGGAAACUAUUAACCACCUUUAUUAGCUGGAGAUUAAUCUCAAUGCGACAUUUGCUAAGCGGGUUACUACGCAUCCACGCCAUAUGCAGAUCCUACAAAUGGAAAUCCAGGAAUUGCAUCCUAGUGCCACCAAUGUCCAAAUAAUUCUUAUUCUGACCCCGGACUUUCAUUUUAUGAAUCAAGUUGUUAUAAGUGCAAACUUAAUUAUUACAUGAAAACCGCUCCCGCACUAGGAGUCUCCGCUAUUUGUUAACUUUGUCCUAAUAAUUCUGGUACUUUAAAUCCUAUAACUGAGUAAGGAGAUGAAACUUAAUGUUCUAUUUGCACAGAUGGUUAUUACAUGACUUAAGCAUUUUAAAUAGGAAAAACUGCAUCAUGCUAAAAAUGUCCUCCUGGAUCUACUUCAAAAUAAGGCAUUAAUACUGGUUGCUAUUGCUUUGACUAGAAUGCAACAUGGUCAUCAAAUACAAAUUCCUGCUAAUGUAAUCAAGGUUAUUUUGGUACCCCAGCAACCUCAAUAGGUGCUUAAGGAUGCACUCCUUGUCCUGCAGGUUAAUACUAUUAAUCAGGAAAUUGCGUUGAUUGCCAAGCAGGAUACUACUCAAGUUCACCUGCAAGUCUUUCAUGUACCCUAUGUACUACUGGUAAAUAUGCAUAAGGAACAGGAAAUACAUCUUGUGCUAGUUGUCCAGAUAAAUCUACUUCUUCUUUAGAUUUUUCUAGCUGUUUGUGUUUUGAUUCAAGUGCUAUAUUUAAAAACAAUAUUUGUGUCUGUCCUGAUGGUUAUUUUGGAACACCAAAUUCAUCAAGCUAACCUGGAUGUUCGCCUUGCAGUAAAGGUCAGUAUUCAAAUUCUUCUACUUCUGGAGCAUGUACUGUUUGUCCAGCUGGAUAUUUUGCAGCUAGUAUUGGAAGUUCUUAAUGUUAAUAAUGCAGUGAUGGUUAAUUCGCUUCUGGUACAGGAAAUUCUUCAUGUUAAACUUGUGGUUCAAGUAAAACAAAUAAUAGUGAUUUUACUGAUUGCUAAUGCAUUGAUCCUAACUCUAACUUAAAUGGAGGUAGCUGUAUUUGCAAUCCAGGCUAUAUAGGAACACCAGCAACAUCAAUAGGUGCUUAAGGAUGCACUCCUUGUCCUGCAGGUAAAUACUAUUAAUCAGGAAAUUGUGUUGAUUGUCAAGCAGGAUACUACUCAAGUUCACCUGCAAGUCUUUCAUGUACUCAAUGUACUGCUGGUAAUUAUGCAUAAGGAACAGGAAAUACUUCUUGUGCUAGUUGUCCAAAUAAAACUACAUCUUCUGUAGAUUUUUCUGGCUGCUAGUGUAUAGAUUCAAGUGCUAUAUUUAAAAACAAUAUUUGUGUCUGUCCUGAUGGUUAUUUUGGAACACCAAAUUCAUCAAGCUAACCAGGAUGUUCGCCUUGCAGUAAAGGUCAGUAUUCAAAUUCUUCUACUUCUGGAGCAUGUACUGUUUGUCCAGCUGGAUAUUUUGCAGCUAGUAUUGGAAGUUCUUAAUGUUAAUAAUGCAGUCAUGGUUAAUUCGCUUCUGGUACAGGAAAUUCUUCAUGUUAAACUUGUGGUUCAGGUAAAACAAAUAAUAGUGAUUUUACUGAUUGCUAAUGCAUUGAUCCUAACUCUAAAUUAAAUGGAGGUAGCUGUAUUUGCAUUCCAGGCUAUAUAGGAACACCAGCAACAUCAAUAGGUGCUUAAGGAUGCACUCCUUGUCCUGCAGGUAAAUACUAUUAAUCAGGAAGUUGUGUUGAUUGUCAAGCAGGAUACUACUCAAGUUCACCUGCAAGUCUUUCAUGUACCCAAUGUAUUACUGGUAAAUAUGCAUAAGGAACAGGAAAUACUUCUUGUGCUAGUUGUCCAAAUAAAACUACUUCUUCUGUAGAUUUUUCUGGCUGCUAGUGUAUAGAUUCAAGUGCUAUAUUUAAAAACAAUAUUUGUGUCUGUCCUGAUGGUUAUUUUGGAACACCAAAUUCAUCAAGCUAACCUGGAUGUUCGCCUUGCAGUAAAGGUCAGUAUUCAAAUUCUUCUACUUCUGGAGCAUGUACUGUUUGUCCAGCUGGAUAUUUUGCAGCUAGUAUUGGAAGUUCUUAAUGUUAAUAAUGCAGUCAUGGUUAAUUCGCUUCUGGUACAGGAAAUUCUUCAUGUUAAACUUGUGGUUCAGGUAAAACAAAUAAUAGUGAUUUUACUGAUUGCUAAUGCAUUGAUCCUAACUCUAAAUUAAAUGGAGGUAGCUGUAUUUGCAAUUCAGGAUAUAUAGGAACACCAGCAACAUCAAUAAGUGCUUAAGGAUGCACUCCUUGUCCUGCAGGUAAAUACUAUUAAUCAGGAAAUUGUGUUGAUUGUCAAGCAGGACACUACUCAAGUUCACCUGCAAGUCUUUCAUGUACCCAAUGUACUACUGGUAAAUAUGCAUAAGGCACAGGAAAUACUUCUUGCACUAGUUGUCCAAAUAAUACAACUCCUUUAGCAGAUUUUUCUGGAUGCUAAUGUAUAGAUUCAAGCGCUAUAUUUAAAAACAAUAAUUGUGUCUGUCCUGAUGGUUAUUUUGGUACACCAAAUUCAUCAAGCUAACCUGGAUGUUCACCUUGCAGUAAAGGUCAGUAUUCAAAUUCUUCUACUUCUGGAGCAUGUACUGCUUGUCCAGCUGGAUAUUUUACGGCUAGUAUUGGAAGUUCUUAAUGUUAAUAAUGCAGUGAUGGUUAAUUCGCUUCUGGUACAGGAAAUUCUUCAUGUUAAACUUGUGGUUCAAGUAAAACAAAUAAUAAUGAUUUUACUGAUUGCUAAUGCAUUGAUCAUAACUCUAAAUUAAAUGGAGGUAGCUGUAUUUGCAAUCCAGGCUAUAUCGGCACACCAGCUACCUCAAAGAAUUCUUCAAAUAGUUGCACAGCUUGUCCAGCUGGAUAAUUUACAGAUUUAUCAUCUGGAAAAUGCUCUCCAUGUCCUGCUGGAACAUUCUCAAAUGGUUAAGCUAAUGUAAAUUGCACUUAGUGUAGCUCAGGAUAAUAUGCAAAUGGUACUGGAAAUACUUCUUGUAGCAACUGUGGCCCUGGAUCUACUAACACAGAUGAUUUUUCUGGCUGUAAAUGUUAUGAUUCAAAUGCAGUGGUUUGGUCUGCAGAUAAAAAUUAAUGCUAAUGUGCUGCUAAUUUUUAUGGAGAUGCAAGUUUAGCCACGAGUGUUUCUAAAACUUAAUGUAUAAACUGUCCAAACAAUACAACAUCAAAAAUUGGAGCAGCUAAAACUCAAAAAGAUUGUUAAAAUAUUUCUUCUUCUACUUCUACUUCCUCCUCUUAGAGCUAAUAAAUUGGUUAAUACUCAUUUUCUUAAAUUAUAAAAAUAUCAAUAAUAUUAGCUCUAGUAUUGCUGAUAUGA